AUGAUCAAGACACUCAAUCCUUACAACACCAACACAGAGAAAACUGCUGAGAUUAUGUCCAGGUAUAGGCCCAUAGCACCUAAACCUGAGACCCCAGCGAACUCGGCAGGUGAGAAUCCAUCCUUAUCUCAGAAGAUCAGAGAGUCUCCUUACCUUAGAAACCUCUGGCCACAAUUGCAGGCCAGACCCACCAGGACUAGAAAGAGAGGUCGAUCUGCUCUGUCACCAACAACCUUCAAGAGGCAGAGGACCCAUCAUGUGUUUGGGUUUUCUACCCCUUGUCAUGUAACAUCUCCGGCUAAAAAUCUCACCUUGGAUGGUUUUGCUCAUGCUCUUUCACAGCUUCCCAUACCAACAAGCUUUGAUGCAGUCAAAAGCAACAGUUUGAUGACUCUGCCUCUUCUUCAAUACCCUCCUCCUCCUUCUCCUCCUCCUCCUCCUCCUCCUCCAUUAUCAGUUCCUGUUGUGACCAACCAAGCAAUGGUGCCAGCUGAGUUUGAGUUAAUUAAACCUUGUGAAGGAGAAGAGAAGCUGAUAGAUUUGAACACUGUGGCUGAAAUUCCAGAAGAAAAAGAUCUGCUGCAGCAACUACAAGGAAGUGCCCCUACCCCUACACCAAUCAAUGUCAUAGCACCUCAGCCAGUUCGACCUGUGGGCUCCAGCAUAAGUGUUGGGUGCAUCAAAACAGACCCAAGCCUAGCCCCAGCAGAGCAAGCUCCUAAGAAACCAGAGGAUGUUGAGGACGAGGUGGAGUCUGAGGCCCUGCCAGCAAUCAUAUCAGAUUCACACAACAAGGUGAGGAUGGCAAACUCUGCUUACAAGGAGAUGGUGGGCCAGCCAGAGUGUUCAUGGCUCGAUUCUAUGGUGGCCAGUGAUGGGCGUUUCGGAGGGAGCUCUUGCAAGAGGAUCAGUGGGGAGGUCAUACUUGAGCUUUCUGAGUCAGGGGUACCAGUUUCAUCAAAUGGGUUUUCAUGCUGGGUGAGGAUUGAGUGGGGAAAUGAGAUGAACAAGCACGCAAUCAAUGCUUUCUGUGAUGUGAUCAAGCUGUCCUGUGAGACUAAGGACUACCUCUUUAGUUGGAGGUUCCACACUCAAAGCAAAGAGGGUUCUCAGACCAGUUCUUCUAAUGCUUGA